AUGAAGAUCGGCAUUGGUGGAGACUGUCCUGACGUUCUAGGUAAUAGCAUGAGACAGUCUCCAUGGCGAGUCGUUGACGUGUCCUUUUGGUCCGAAAUCUAUGGCAUCCUGUACAACCUGACACUGGUCUUAAUGACAUCCGACGUCGGAGAUGCGAUCUAUGCAGGGCUUCUUUUCCUAUUACAUGCUGUACAAGCAGUAAAAUAA